GAUAUAGUGAAUGCGGGGGGGGUUCCGGGGAGACCGGAUAUAGAGAAUACAGGGUCCGGGGAGAGCCGGAUAUAGUGAAUGCAGGGUCCGGGGGAGACCGGAUAUAGUGAAUGCGGGGUCCGGGGGAGAGCAGAUAUAGGGAAUGCGGGGCCCGGGGAGAGCUGGGGAAUGUGAUCCGGGGAGAGCGGGGAAUGCGGGGCCCGGGGAGGGGGGGGAGAACGGAUACGGGGAAUGUGGGGUCUGGGGAGAGCAGAUAUAAUGAAUGCAGGGUCCGGGGAGAGCGGAUAUAGUGAAUGCAGGGUCCGGGGAGAGCGGAUAUGGGCAAUGCGGGGUCCGGGGAGAGCGGAUAUGGGCAAUGCGGGGUCCGGGGAGAGCGGAUAUGGGCAAUGCGGGGUCCGGGGGAGAGCGGAUAUGGGCAAUGCGGGGUCGGGGUCCGGGGAGAGCGGAUAUGGGCAAUGCGGGGUCCGGGGAGAGCGGAUAUGGGGAAUGUGGGUCCGGGGAGAGCGGAUAAGGGAAAUGCGAGGUCCGGGGGGGGGAGAGCGGAUACGGGGAAUGCGGGUUCCGGGGAGAGCGGAUAUGGCGAAUGCGGGGUCCGGAGAGAGCGGAUACGGGGAAUGCGGGGUCCAGGGAGAGCGGAUACGGGGAAUGCUGGGCCCGAGGAGAGCGGAUACGGGGAAUGCGGGGCCCGGGGGGGAGAACGGAUACGGGGAAUGCAGGGUCCGGGGAGAGUGGAUAUAAUGAAUGCAGGGUCCGGGGAGAGUGGAUAUAAUGAAUGCAGGGUCCGGGGAGAGUGGAUAUAAUGAAUGCAGGGUCCUGGGAUCCAGAGAAUAUGACUUCCUAAUUCAGGGUUCGGUAACAC